AUCCAAUGCAUAUCAAAUGCUCGAAAUGGCGUAUUUUGUUAUUGAAAAGAUUACUGAAACAGAAACUUACUCAGUUUGAGAAAUAUAACCUGACUACAAAUAUUUUAAUAGUAUAAAACUUUUGGCCAUGUCAUGGACUUUUGGAAACUGGCAGGACUUCUUGAAAAAGAAGGCCUGUCGAUAUAUUUUACAGCAUUAUCUGGGUCAGUUUUUGAAACAAAAACUUUCGUUAGACCAGCUGAGUUUGGACCUUUAUAAUGGAAUGGGGAAAAUAACAGAUCUGAAUCUUGAUGUGCAGGCUAUAAAUGAAGACCUGGCGUCAUUUAGUGUACCUGUAGAAUUGGUAGAUGGAUUUGUAGAGGCUAUAUCAGUGUCGAUUCCAUGGUCAGCUCUAAUCCAGGAUAGUACAACAUUAGAAGUCACAGGGCUUGAACUAACACUGCAGCCAAAAAGCAGGGAUGAUCAUGAAAUGACAGGCUUUGACGAAAUGUUUAGCAGUAUGCAGACAAGCAUGACAACAAGUUUACAACUGGCAAAAGAUUGUCUAGAAUCCGAGACAGAGUCUCAACAGAAGACAGAACCUAUAGAAGGUGUACAGAAAUUUGCUCUCAUGAUUGACUCGGUGUUGUCAAAGAUUCGUGUGUCACUGAGUAACACUGUGAUAAGGUUAGAGCAUCACCCAGAUAGGUCUGAGAAAGGUGUUGCCAUGGAAAUAAGAAUUAAAAGGAUAGAGUAUUUUGAUGACAUGGCUACAGUAGAUGGUACGUCUGUAGAUGGCAACAUCACAUAUGAACCAGCAGCAAUCAACCAGAAGAAUGUUCACUUUGAAGGAGUACAGCUGUACUUUGAUGAGAUCACUAAUAGAAAAUCUCCGUCGAGAUCGAGGAGCAGUAGCUCAGAAGGAUCCCCAUCACAGAUGUUUACCUCAGCAAGGAGUACAACUUCCACCUACAGUGACAAUAGAGAGCAUUCCCCACCCAAACACCAGACCUCCACCCCAGAGUCCAACCCAAUACAGGUGGCAGUGUUGACUGGUAAGCAGGAGAUCAAACUGAAAACCAAGCAGAAUGACACGCUACAUGGACCUAAGCUGGAGAUUGUUUGUCAGUUUGGAGGUUUACAUUUUCUGUUGUCACCACAGCAAUUACACGGAAUCAUAGAGCUAAUGUCUGGUCUCACCUCCCCAGGUGUAGGAGAGAGUGGUUCCUCUCACAGACAAAGUAUUAGGAACAAGCCGAUGGACAGGAUAGACUUUGAGAAGGUUGAAGUGGAUUUACAGCACCAGCUACAGUCCGGCAGGAUACAGAGCAACAAUCUUGCUCAGAUGCAGGACUAUUCACUACACGGAGAUGAUGAUGACCAGUUUUACUCGUUAAUGACUAACCGGCCAGGUGGUACCAGUGAUAUGGACUCGUCAUUCUCCAGCAAUUACAGUACCUCUACCAACAGAACUACAAGCUCCACACCUUCCUCCACAAACCAGCAGAGAGGAACUGCAAGAACAGCAAAAGAUGUGUAUUCUGCACCAAAGUACCAUGAGGAUCCGUCAGCAGAGUUGAGUCAUUACUACCUACGUGUAGCUUUCUUUUCUGUAACUCUAUUCCACAACAACAUGUCGCCGACUGCUGAUAAAACUGCCCUUGAUGUGAUGAAGGACGUAUCGUCCCAGUUCUUCCAGAGAGUGGGUGGAGUAUCUGCUGCGGGGGUCUCCGAGUUGAAGGAAAUCAGAAAACAGAUGACAAGUCUUGUCACAUUUGAUCAUCUUAGAUUACUAGGAAGACCACUGACUGUAGAAUGUAAUCAGAAAUCAGCUUUAAAACAGAUCAGUACAACAUUCAAUGUUACAGUUGGUAUAGGAGAACUGAUAGAAGCAUUGUUCAGUAAGAGGUCACAGUCAAGUGAGCCACAGUAUAGUGAGAUUUUGACAUUUCCACGAGAUGGAACAGAGGUUAGGAAAGUUCCCAUGUAUAGCAGUAUGCAGGGUGGAACUCCAUGCUUUAACAUGCAACUUAAAAGUCUGUCCAGAAAUAAGCGUUCAUCGAGACCUGGAUACCUGCCUCAGACUGACAUAAUUGUUUCACUGGGACAGCUACAGGUGGAGCUUGAUGUUACACUUGUUGAUAGGAUCAACACAAUCAUUACACCUGAAAAAAUUGUGACAGAUUCUCCCCUGGCCGGGGCAUCCUUGUACCACACUGUCGGGCCACAGUUCUGCAGUCUUACGACAUUAGAGGAAGGACCAUCCUCCCAGGAUCAGAGGUUUAUACUGGAGGUGACUAGUCCUCUUGCAAAGAUCAAUUUAAGGUUUCCUAUCCCAGAUCUGCGACAGGAACCACAUGUAGACAAAUCCUGGUACCAGCGUAACCUGCGAGAUGAUGUUCUGAUUGUUGAUCUGGAGAAUGCUGUAGUGAGGACAUCUUUCAUUACAGGACAACCUCUUGAACAAGUACAAUUCUCGGCUUCAGAUAUCCAUGGUUACUACAAGAUGAGUAGUACAGAGGAAGGUCAGCAUUUUGCCCAUGUAAAUGGCGAGGGUGGAGAGGAUGGAUUUAACAACCCAACAAUCACUUUGAAGUUCUGUGACAGUACGACAUCUGUACUUGAUGAGGAGAUAUACAUGGACGAUACUUUACCGUUAGAUUCCCUGAAUGGAGCGUGUCAGUUUGCCAAGAGUGAACCAUCUCCAUUCUCGUCCCGUAGAAACAUGCACGACAGUGACCAGCAGGAGUCUCUAGAGAAGACAGAACAGAUGGUGCUACCAGCAGAUCGUGAUGAACUGAAUGAGUUCAUGCAGAAGUCUGUCAGCAACACCAAAAUGGUUGUGGAAAUUGUUCUGCCAAAUGUUGUUGCAUUCCUGCCAAAUAAACACUUCUUUGAAGUCCUCUAUAACAGAUUGAACAAUGAUAUGUUGCUAUGGGAACCAAGUGCACCAGCCCCUGUUACAGUGACUCGUGACCACUAUUUGAUGACAAACACUGUAGAUGUAAAUGUAUAUAACCCACUUCAUUCUGGGGAACACUUUUCAAUGGCAAAAUCUGGCUUACUGUUUGAUUCUGACACAGACGAGGAUGAGAGUGUUAAUCACUACAGUAUACAUGACAGUCGGUACUCACGUAGGAAACGAUCACCAAGACAACAACAGAGUAAAAUGUGCCUUAAUCUCAACAUAGGAAAAGGAAGACUGACUGUAUUCACAGAGCACAAGGAUACUAGCGGUGUGGUACAGGAGGAUAAACAUGGUGAGGUGUUGAUGCAGAUAUCUGACCUACUUCUCUUUACUGUGUCAGCCCACAAUGGUGACCCUAAUAUACAGUUUGUUAAUGUCCUUGUCAACAAAGCCGACCUCUACCAUACUGCAUCUGUAAUGAACACAGAGGUACUGCCAUUGAUUGAAUGUGGAGAGUUAACUGCCCCUGUCCCACCCCAUCUCCAGCACAAUCAUGUGAUCUACAGGUCGGAACCCGGUGUGCUUGUUAAUACUAGAGAGGAUAUAGGAACUGGUAGUGACUCACAGGACAUGGUGUCAGUGGCUGUGAAGAUAAAACUGGAUACAUUAACUUCUAAAAGGGACUUGAUCUCAGAUGAGAUUGUCAAGGAGUUUCUAGUGUCAGUAGGAUUGAAAGGAGCUACAAUGAGACACAAGGUGUCCCCACCAUAUCAAAGUGUAUUCAUUCAGAUGAUGGAUUUUCUGGAUGUAAAAGAUUAUCCUAUAUUAGGAUAUAUGGACCCAAAGGUUCUCACAGAACUUCAUGUACAUUUAUGGACGUGUGCAAUAGAUUAUAGACCUACUUAUCUCCCCUUGCGAUCUGUGAUAUUAGCUGAUUCCUUCUCCAUAUCAAGUAACAUUGUUGCCGAGUCUUCCAUUUCAUUGUUAAGGUUUGUGUUAGAUGAUGGAGCACUGUAUAUAUCAAAGAAAACUAAAAAUCAAAGAACAGACUUGAGAAAAGAUUAUGUUUGUGUGGCAGACAUUGGGAGGCUGGAACUCCUGCUGAAAUCUAACACAGGCAAUGAUCCACAUUUCCCAAAGACAGAUCUACGAGUGUCAUCCAAUCUAGUAAACAUUAGAACAUGUGCUGACUCAUGUCAGGCUUUGAUAGAGCUGAUCAAGUAUGUCGCUGGUGACGGGGAUCUUUAUCCACCAGUUAAACAGGGAAUGGAUAUACAGACAGAUAUAGACCUAGAUACCAGUGUCAAUACUGAAGAUGAAAAUGAUGAAGGAGGGCUAGAGGACCCUCCAUUAACAAAAUCCAGUAUGGACCAUGUCCAUAAUCUUAUGUCUGAGGCCAUGCAGGAAUCUUCUGGUAGCAGUUCUACAUCGUCAAAGGAAGCCUCACCAGACAUUUCAAACACAGAUCUUAAACAGACUGAAGUUUUCUUUGUUGCUGAUAGUGGCGCUACUGGCUCCCCUUCUCUCCGUGAUCCUAUUGUGAUAACUCAGAACAUUGAUGCCUCAGUAACCAGCAGUACAAUGUCUGCUCGUCUGACUGGGUCAUACAGUGAGGACGAGGAUAGUGAUGAUUUCUGUAUGAUUGAUGAUACUGCCUGGGGGACAAGUGCAAAUGAUGGGGAGCCUGCUAUUAGAGUGUUAGUAACUGCACCAGUAGAAAUCAAAGACAAUCAUUUCUCAAAACCUAUUGGUCGAACAGACUUAUUGAAAGCUCCAGAGAACUUUCCGCAGGCGGAGAGUCGGUACACACUGAAGGAGCUGACGUUGGUCUGGUAUAUUUACGGUGGCUCAGACCUAACAGAGGUGGAUAGGGUGGUUAGUGACAGAGCCAGUACUGAAGUUAAUUACAGGGAAGGUAUGAGUGUAUCAUUCCACAGGGGUUCUCCUGACAGAUGGUCUGGUCAUGCUGGGGGGCGGGAAGUUCCAUUAAUACCUAGAGAAACAUUGCUCACCAAAGGUGGACCAGGUAGAAACCAUUGUCAGUGCAUGGAGCUGCAGCUAACUAAAGUAAGGUUUCAACAUGAGGAAUAUCCACUUACCACAGAACAGGCCUCAAGACAAGUGUUACUGAUCAGUGAUAUAGAAGUCAGGGAUCGUAUCAAAUCAUCUAAAAUGAACAAAUUCCUUUACCAGUAUUCAUCAGAUGAUACACCUAGACAGACGUAUGCCAACAUGGUACAUGUGAAAGCUAUCCACAGCAGACCUAAUCCACCAGCAGCAGAAGAAGAAUGUGCCCUCAAGGUUUCAUUACAACCUAUACGACUCAAUGUCGAUCAGGAUACAGGGUUUUUCCUGAAAUCUUUCUUUACUGACCUGGCUGGUGGAGAAGACACGAGUACCCCCACUUCUUCAGACAGCAAACCUGCCCCAUCCCAUCAUAGUCACACGUCCCCACCCCCUCCUGUGAUGACUGUAAAUAAAGAAGAUCAGAAAGAAGCAAGUCCUGAGGCACAAGAUCUCCUCAUGCAGUUUAAUGAUCUUACCAAUGAUUUACAGGCCAGUUUUAAAAGUAGUCUAGGGACCAGCUCACUUAGUGAGGACACCAAACCAGGAUCCAUGAAGAGCAGUGUAUCUAGUGUGGGAACCAUCACUUCAGAAUCUGCAAGAUCUGCACAACCUGUCUUCUUCAAAUCAUUUGUGUUUUCCCCAGAUGUACCCAUUAGAUUAGAUUACCAUGGAAAGUUUGAUAGAGAACAUGGAGCACUAGCUGGUCUUGGUGGUCUGGUGUCCUUGAACAGGUCUGAACUGAGACUAAAAAGUUUGACGUAUAAGCAAGGGUUGUUAGGUUCUGACAAGGUUGUGUGGUUCUGUUUGAAUGAGUGGCUGACAGAUAUCAAAGUAAAUCAACUACCAACAAUAUUGGGUGGAUUGGGACCAAUGCAUUCUAUUGUACAGCUAGCACAUGGAGUAAAGGAUCUAUUCUGGUUACCUGUGGAACAGUACAGGAAAGAUGGUCGGAUAAUCCGGGGUAUACAAAGAGGGGCCACAUCAUUUUCCAUGUCUACAGCUAUGUCAGUGUUAGAACUGACCAAUCGGGUUGUUCAGGGUGUUCAGUGGUGUGCAGAGCAAACUUUUGAUAUUGUGUCACCCGGACCAAGAAGGCGGGGCUUCUAUCCCAGACAGCCAUCUGACAUCAGGGAGGGUGUGUCUAAUGCUUACAUAGUUCUUCGAGAGGGAUUUUCUGACACAGCUAGUGCAAUGGUUGAGGUGGCUACAAAAGAGCAUGAAACAAAGGGUAUGAUGGGAGCUGUGGGUGGAGUCUUGAGACAGAUCCCGCCCACUAUAGUCCAGCCCCUUAUCAUUGUACCAGAGGCCACCUCAAAUCUGAUUGGAGGAUUGAGAAGUCAUCUGAAACCAGAUGUGAAAAAAGAGGAUGAGGAUAAAUGGAAGGAAGAAAUUAUCGAUUGAAAAUCUGAUGGUGCUAAAUAACUUGGAUAGACAUAAAGCGAAAAUUAACACAGCAGGGAGUGCAAAACUUCCUUAGAAAUAAAACUAAGUCAGAAGGAAUCCUCUAGAGUCAAAUAAAAUAGGGUAAAAAUGGUGUGUAGUAAGAAGUCAAUAAUAUGGCAAAAUGUUGCAUCACUCCAAAAUAUUGUCAGUUGGGGUAUCCUUGUUUUGGAAAAGUGUGUAAUUAUUUUAAACUCAUUUCUGUGUAAAAAUCUUUAAACCUUUGUUUGAAAGAUUAUGAUAACUUUUUUCCAAAUUGCAAUUUUUUUCUUUGAUUUCUGUUUUAUUCAUGUUAAAAAUCAUUCAUAUAGAUGCCAGGCAAAUACCCAAAGAUAAGAUAUUUAAGUGAAAGAUUGGCAUUGGAGAUCCUAAAAAAAAUACAAAGUUAUUUGAGUUUAUAAAAAAAAGGAUAUCUUAGUGGUAUGUCAUAGUAAACAAAUAGUAUGAAAGUGUUUUUUCUCGAGUUUCGUGUUGAUUUUUUACAAAAAAUUUUUACAAAAUACAAAAUUUUUACAAAUUUCUUUUAGCUCAAUCUGUCACAAAGUGACAAGGUGAGCUUUUGUGAUCGUGCAGUGUCCGUCGUCCAUUGUCCGUGCGUCCGUCCGUGCGUAAACUUUUGCUUGUGACCACUCUAGAGGUCACAUUUUUCAUGGGAUCUUUAUGAAAAUUGGUCAGAAUGUUCACCUUGAUGAUAUCUAGGUCAGGUUCGAAACUGGGUCAUGUGCGGUCAAAAACAAGGUCAGUAGGUCUAAAAAUAGAAAAACCUUGUGACCUCUCUAGAGGCCAUAUAUUUCAAAAGAUCUUCAUGAAAAUUGGUCAGAAUGUUCACCUUGAUAAUAUCUAGGUCAAGUUCGAAACUGGGUCACGUGCCUUCAAAAACUAGGUCAGUAGGUCAAAUAAUAGAAAAACCUUGUGACCUCUCUAAAGGCCAUAUUUUUCACGGGAUCUUUAUGAAAGUUGGUCAGAAUGUUCAUCUUGAUGAUAUCUAGGUCAAGUUCGAAACUGGGUCACGUGCCAUCAAAGACUAGGUCAGUAGGUCUAAAAAUAUAAAAACCUUUUGACCUCUCUAGAGACCAUAUAUUUCACAAGAUCUUCAUGAAAAUUUAUUCAGAAUGUUCACCUUGAUGAUAUCUAGAUCAAGUUUGAAACUGGGUCACGUGCCGACAAAAACUAGGUCAGUAGGUCAAAUAAUAGAAAAACCUUGUGACCUCUCUAAAGGCCAUAUUUUUCAUGGGAUCUGUAUGAAAGUUGGUCUGAAUGUUCAUCUUGAUGAUAUCUAGGUCAAGUUCGAAACUGGGUCACAUGCGGUCAAAAACUAGGUCAGUAGGUCUAAAAAUAGAAAAACCUUGUGACCUCUCUAGAGGCCAUACUUGUGAAUGGAUCUUCAUAAAAAUUGGUCAGAAUGUUCAUCUUGAUGAUAUCUAGGUCAAAUUCGAAACUGGGUCACAUGUCAUCAAAAAGUAGGUCAGUAGGUCAAAUAAUGAAAAAACCUUGUGACUUCUCUAGAGGUCAUAUUUUUUAUGGGAUCUGUAUGAAAGUUGGUCUGAAUGUUUAUCUUGAUGAUAUAUAGGUCAGGUUUGAAACUGGGUCAACUGCGAUCAAAAACUAGGUCAGUAGGUCUUAAAAUUGAAAAACCUUGUGACCUCUCUAGAGGCCAUACCCUUGAAUGGAUCUUCAUGAAAAUUGGUCAGAAUGUUCACCUUGAUGAUAUCUAGAUCAAGUUUGAAACUGGGUCACGUGCCAUCAAAAACUAGAUCAGUAGGUCAAAUAAUAAAAAAUAACUUGUGACCUCUCUAGAGGCCAUACUUUUUAUGGGAUCUGUAUGAAAGUUGGUCUGAAUGUUCAUCUUGAUGAUAUCUAGGUCAAGUGUGAAACUGGGUCAACUGCGGUCAAAAACUAGGUCAUUAGGUUUAAAAUUUGAAAAAUCUUUUGACCUCUCUAAAGGCCAUAUUUUUCAAUGGAUCUUCAUGAAAUUUGGUCAGAAUUUUUAUCUUGAUGAUAUCUAGGUCAGGUUCAAAACUGGGUCACAUGAGCUCAAAAACUAGGUCACUUUGUCAAAUAAUAGAAAAAACGACAUCAUACUCAAAACUGGGUCAUGCGGGAACAGGUGAGCGAUUCAGGACCAUCAUGGUCCUCUUGUUUUUUAAAGUCAGACUUGAAUGGAAUGCAUUUUACCAGUGUGUACAUUUUGCUAGGAUUUUAAAUUUUAAAAGCCACGAUUUGUUACCAUAACCAAAAUCAUUGCGAUAGAAAUAGUUCAGUAAACAACAAAAUAGUGGAGAUUUGUGGGGCAGCAGAAUCAUAAGAAUUAUCAAUAAGAAUAAACAUUGAGCGUUGUUUGAAAUUGCUUGACUGUAAAGUGCAAGUGUCUCAUACCUGUUCUCAUUUAUUUUCUAUUAAAGUAUGUGUUCAUGUUGAUUGUACCCAGCAUAUGUUUGUGAUGCUUUGUGUAACCAAUGUCCUAGUGCUCUAUAUUAAAACCUAGUCACCAGCUUAACCUCGUGUAACCUUGUAUGUCUUCAGUUUGUUCUGUUUUUUUUUCUGUCUGCACAUGUUAAGACAGUUGUUUGAAAUUUCAUUAUUGUUUCAGGUACUGAACUGGAAUCAAAACAUUUUCUGGAUUUGUGUUUAUUUACAACAAAAUACAAAGGUGGGGAAAGGGUACUAAACAACCAACACCGGGAUAGGUUAAGACUCUUUUAAUUGUAAAUAAACCAGUUUUGGUCUUACCAAGACCUUCUUCAGCAUAAAAUGAUUGAAAUUUUUAGGCACUAAAGUAUACAAAAUGUGCCACACAUUUUUGAUGUAUGUUACUAUGUUGUGUUUAUUUAGUGUGAAUGACAUAACAUAAAAUUAAAGGUUUUACCAACCAUCUGUAGAUUUGUAGACCUCUUUAAGAAUUUGUGCUCUGAAACUAAUAUAGACAUUUCAGCAUUUAAGAAGUAAUUAUGGUGUUACAAAUGCCAUGGCUCAAUAUUAGAUAUGCUAAUUUGCCGAUACACAGCUUAGCUGUGUUUAAAUCUUUGUUGUUUUGUUGGAUAGUUUGGGUAUUUUUGACUACAUUUAAUCACAGUAGUGUUAUAUGAUAGAUUGAAUGCAUUUAUAUUUAAUAUUGAUAAAAUAAAUUGUUUUCUAGAGUAGACUUGUUGUUACAAUAAACACACUAGGUUAUAUAGUAGGUGUAAAUUCAUGCUGUCUCACCAGUUUUUAUGCCCCCGAAGGGAGGCAUAUAGUUUUUGAACCGUCUGUCUGUCUGUCGGUCUGUCAGUCUGUCGGUCUGUCGGUCUGUCGGUCUGUCAGUCUGUCAGUCUGUCGGUCUGUCCGCAAUUUUCGUGUCCUGUCCAUAUCUUUGUCAUCGAUGGAUGGAUUUUCAAAUAACUUGGCAUGAAUGUGUACCACAGUAAGACGACGUGCAGUGCGCAAGACCCAGGUCCGUAGCUCAAAGGUCAAGGUCACACUUAGACGUUAAAGGAUAGUGCAUUGAUGGGCGUGUCCGGUCCAUAUCUUUGUCAUCGAUGGAUGGAUUUUCUAAUAACUUGGCAUGAAUGUGUACCACAGUAAGACGACGUGCAGUGCGCAAGACCCAGGUCCGUAGCUCAAAGGUCAAGGUCACACUUAGACAUUAAAGGAUAGUGCAUUGAUGGGUGUGUCCGGUCCAUAUCUUUGUCAUCGAUGGAUGGAUUUUCAAAUAACUUGGCAUGAAUGUGUACCACAGUAAGACGACAUGUCACACGCAAGACCCAGGUCCGUAGCUCAAAGGUCAAGGUCACACUUAGACGUUAAAGAUCAUUUUUCAUGAUAGUGCAUUGAUGGGCAUGUCCGGUCCAUAUCUUUGUCAUUCAUGCAUGGAUUUUAAAAUAACUAUGCAUGAAUGUGUGACACAGUAAGACGAUGUGUCGCGCGCAAGACCCAACUCCGUAGGUCAAAGGUCCUAAACUCUAACAUCGGCCAUAACUAUUCAUUCAAAGUGCCAUCGGGGGCAUGUGUCAUCCUACGGAGACAGCUCUUGUUAUAGCAGCUUUUCCCUUCUCUCCUGUUACAUUUUGUGUAACUAGUUAUACAUUUUAUUUCUGGUGAAAGGCACAGUAUAUACUUACCCUUAUCAUGCUGGACAUGGCUGAUUCUGCCUUUGCGACCAGUGUAGAUCAUGAUCAACCUGCACAUCCAUGCAGUCUGAUCAUGAUCUGCACUGUUAGCUAUUCAGUCAGUAUCUUUUUGGUAAGCACCCCUUUUAACAGUUAAUGGUAGUGUCUAAAUUGGAAGAUGGACAAGUUCAUUAUAGAAAUUUAGCAUGGUAAGGGCUAAGAAUGGGUCUGCAAACAAAUGAAAACACUGAAAAGGAGAGACUUGUUUUGAAAAAUUUUGUUUCAGUGUUCUUAAAAGUAGGGGGAAAGUAUACAAGUGAUGACCACUGUAAAUCUUUACUCUACUGUUUGACCAAAUAAUGUAAUAAUACCAGAAAUUGAUCAAAGAACAAAACAAUCUGCCAAUAGUAUUUUAACUCCUUCUGGUAGAGAAAAUGUUAAAUGUAAAUAAAGAAAACAAACAAACACUAAGGACCUUAAAUAGAUUUUGCAGGUAAUCAUUGCAGUUAGUUGUAGCUAUACACAUUAAUAAGGAUUAUCUUUUGUUGACAUUAUAAAUUUUAAGUCAGUUUAUUUCACAGAUUUUCUUUCCUUGUAUUGAUUUUUAUAUUGUAACAAGUAAUAAUGUUUUCUGAAAAUUCUUUGAUGUUCUUUGCACUUUGGUGUGUAUUCCUUUGAUCUAAUUAGAUUUAUUAUGUAUUGUAAACAUCCAAUUUGUGUAUUAUUGUGUACACAUUAUGUCUACUAAAGUGUUAACUGUAUGUGUAAAUAGCCAGGGCUUUCAUGUUUUUAUUAUGUAAAUAAUCAAGUUGUCUGAACUGUUAAAGAAUUUGUGAUGCAUUUUACUCAUGUGAUUUUUAAGUUUUAGAUGUCAAAUAUCCAAGUUUUUCAUGUUGUUACUGCAUGUGUGUGAUAUAUGAAGAAUACUUCAUGAAAAAAAUGUGAACAUGUACAUGUAUCUAUAGGGCAGCUGCGUCAUUUCAUUUUGGUAUUUUACUUUGCACAAGCUUGUCAUUUAAUCUUAAAUGCUAUGUUGUAGCUUCUAUAGGGAGGUUAUAACUUUCAGGUGUCUGCAAGCCUGUUGUUAUUUAAGGUUGUGCUGAAUUUAGUUGUGCUGUAAUCUUUCAGGCAAAUAGUAUGGUAGUGUUCUGGGUUGGAAGAAGUUUGGCUCUAUUAUGAAUGAUAUAUUUGUGUAAAGUCAUCGUUUUCAUUACUAUUUAAUUUUUUUUGGUUGCUUUUGAGUUUGUUCAUUUCACUUAAUUUGAAUUUUCUUGUUUUAAUUUCCAAUAAAACAUGUGUUUCAUUAGCAAUAGAGGGAGACUGUUUUAUUCAGUAUACAUAUGAGGAUUUUGUUUCAGAUGUUAUGAAAACUGUCACACGGAGAUUAGAUGAAUGAUCAUUUAUCAAGCAGAAACUUUCUAAUUUAAGACAAAUAGAUUGGAAGUGAACUAGUUCUUACAAUGAUAGUAAACUCUAUGACAAACUACAGUCGAACUUCGAUGGCUCGAACUCAAGGGUCCCGUGGAAAUUAGUUCGAGUUUUCCGUUGUUCGAGCCAUCCAAUGGCGGCCAUUUUGAAUUUGGGAAUUCGAGGGCAUGAUGUGUUACAAACCUUACAUCGUAAUAUAUUGUCAUAUUGUACCUAAAUGUGUGUAUGAUAUGAUGAUUAAUAAAAAACGAACGCUGCAAUAUGCUUUAUUAUUUAUUUUCAAACAUGACAUAGAUACGAAAAUAAAACACAGAUAAAACACUUAUAUCAUUAUAAGAAUUUUGGCGAAGACAGCAUCAAAUAGAAAGACAUGAAUAGCAAACCUUUAUGAAUCAUAGUUUAGUGCAAUUAUUAUCAAAUAUAUUGCAUUCCAGUAGCCGACUAAGCUAUCCCCCCGUGUCCGGGUCCUUUACUAAGUUGUUCAGCCAUGCUAAAGCAGUAUGAAUGUUGACAUCGGAUCUCCCGAUUUUAUGCAGUAAAAAUAAAGACAGACACUGCUCAAUUAUUUUAAAUAUUUUUAUUCGUAUAAAUCAAAGCCCAUUAAAGCAUUGCAGUGAACGAAAGUCACUUUGUUUAAUUUGUUUGUCGUAUACCGGCGCUAAUUACAUAAGCGUGUGAAAAUUACGCACGCGCCGGUUAAAGGGGGAAGUUUGGCGAAUGUCAGGCAGAGGUGUGAAAAACUUUGUAAAUACAAGCCAUUCCGGCGACAAAUUGUCUAUUCGACUGAAUAGGUGUAAUUAUCACUGUAAUUAAGCCAAGGGGACCACCAAAUGAGUUCGAGAGUUCGAAUUUUCGAAGUUCGAGCUAUCCGAGGUAGAACUAUAUAGAAUAAAGAAGAAAUAAAUUCGGGACCAGGCGAAGAGUUCGAGCGAUCCCGGGUGUUCGAAAGAUCCGAGUUCGAGCCAUUGAAGUUCAACUGUAUGUAUUGAACUCUUGGAAAGUUUUCUAUACAUACGCCAUGAAGUCAGUUGACAGGUCAAUAACAGAGGGAUGCUGGUGGGUGGAGUCAUUCAAUUAAGGCUGCUAUUGUCGGCAAUUACGGGUGGGCGGAGUGAAAAAGGGGCAUUUUUAGAGUUUUAGGCUGCGUUAGGACAAGUCUGUGGGGCUUAAAAGGGCCUUGCGUCACGCCAGGCUAAAUAGCGCUAAAUGAAACACUAUGAAGGGGUGUAGUUUUCAUGUUGUGUGUUCAACAGUCUGUUUCCCUGCCGCCACUUACCUAACAAAUACAUAUUUGAUGGGGGCUUUUAGUUCAACAAAUUGUCUUGCUAUGUCUGUUUUCUAAACAGUCUUGAAAGUUUUUUGUUGCUGUUGUGAUCCUGGUUGUUGAGGCAGUCUGUGAAAAUUGUGCUUACCUUUUACCUUUGCUACCUUUGCCUUCAUAGUCUUGAAAUCUUUGUUAUUAAACUGUUAUUGGUAUGUAAACAGUGUAUUAAUCUGUGAUCAUUAAAUUCUGAAAACUGAUAAA